UGCUCAAGAACCACAUGGCCUAAGCAAAGAAGUAUAACUGCAAGCAGGACAGUCUGAGAUCUGCUGAAACAGAAAUCAAAUCUCAUGUAACUUAAAUACAGGGAGACAUUGUGACACUCAGUUUGUAGGCACUAGACGAGUCUCAACACAUCACAGCAUACGGACCCCACAAAUACCGGAGAGGUGUUCUGCUACAUCUUUUGCCAUGGAUAACCUGCACCAGAACCAAGCACACGGAUAACUUCAGGAUGCCAAGAGAGUCUCAGGAAAUGGAAGAUUUUACUACACAGUACAGGAAAUUGAACCCUCGUCCUCUCCAGCCAUCUGUCACCAGAGUUCAAUAUCCAAACAGAAAGAUCCAGUUGGUGGAAAGGGUUCCUGAAAGCCCUGCACAAGCCUCCUUUAUUCCACAUCCUGUAUCACCGUCGGUAAAAGUCAAGCAUUUAGAAGACGGCUCUCCAACAAUAAAAGGAGACCCACGCCUUUCCAACUUUGUGUCCCAUUACAACGACACGUUUAAGAGACAUAUUGUUCAACCAACACAGCCUGUGCAAAAGCCUUCCUCUUCCAUUCGUAUGGGCUGCCCUGGAAAGAGUUCAGAAAGAAAGACAACAUAUAAAACAAUGUACUGUCAGCCUGUUGUCUGCAGAUCAGAGAAGGUGAAAAAUGAGUUGGUGCACAAACCUACACCUGUCUAUCAAGACAGCUGGACCACUACCUUCAGAGACAGCUUUAAAUCCCACAAACCUGAACCUAUUGUCCAUGUAAAACAAGAGAAAAAUGUCAGCUCAUUUCCCAGAGGUGACACUGAUAAGAAGCGAAACGCAGAACGGAUGUCAUUCACCACCAACAAGUUCUUCUUCUCGGAUGAGGGCACAUAUUCUCGACUGUGUUUGCCUGAUCCCGACCUGAUUACUAAAAGUCGGGUACAGUUCGGCCCAUCAAGUCUAUCAGACCAAAUCUACAGGACUACAACAAGUGAGCAGUACAGCAUAAAGAAAGCAGAACGACCCAAACCGGUAGUCUAUCCAAAGAGUAACAUACUAAGCGGACCAAAACAUGAGCCAUACAUCAGCACUUCAGCAGCUGACUACAUUCCAUUGAACAUCUCAAAGCCAAGACAGUGUCAGACACAACAAAAGACCAGCAUCAAGUUUCCACUGUCCGUGGCGCAUUUCAGCACGACCAACAGGGAACAUUUCACUGCCAAACCAUUGAUCCGGCAGCGUCCUACGAGCAACCAGUUCUGCAGUCAUUUCGUACUAAACUGAGAAUCAAUGUGGGACUUCAGUUUCUAAUAAAUGUUAUUGAACAGUUUUGUCUCUCAAGAAGUGUUUAAAUGAGUUGAGAAGCAAGUGUGCAAUGCAU